AAUGAUCUGUGUUAGUUGUCUCUGAUUUCAGCAGUAAUGCCUAAUAGUUAGUGGCCUUCAUCUGUUUAGUUUUAUUUAAUCUUCGGUGGCAUACUUUCAAACAUAAUAAAAACAUUUCUUUAUUCUUUUAACAUUUGUAAGUCCUAGUUCAUUUCUUUAGCAUCGGCACAAAUGAAAGCUUUUUCUUGCUUUCGUUGAAUUCCAAUAACGAACAAAAGAAAAUGACCAUUCAUAUAAAGUAGGUAACCAAGCAGAGUUUCCUUUGUCCACUCUCUCUACCCCCUCUCUACUCUCUACCCUACUAUUCUUCCUCUCUCUCCUUCUCUUUCUCUCCUUCUCUUUCUUAUUAAGUAAUCAGUUAUAACAUGAAAAUGAGGGGAAGGCAAGGAAGAUAAAAAGAAGGAGAAGAAAACAAAUCAUGCACACAAUGAAGGAGACAUUCUUUCUGCUACUUUCCACUAGUCCCAUUUGGCUUCUCAUCCUCUCCUUUCUCGGUUUCUUCACCAUUCUUUGGCACUCCGCCACUGUCGCCCGAUGGGUUUACCGAGCCUUUCUCAGACCCUCCAAGGAUCUGAGAUACUAUGGCUCUUGGGGAAUAGUCACUGGCGCCACUGACGGCAUUGGAAAGUCCUUUGCCUAUCAGCUGGCCAGAGCCGGACUCAACCUUGUACUGGUGAGCAGAAGCUCCAUGAAGCUUAAGGCAGUUUCUAAGGAUAUUCAAUCUGAAUUUCCUGAUACAAAGGUAAAGAUAAUUGAAUUAGACUUCACAGAAGACGAUAUUAGCGGUGGUAUUGCAGAGAUUGAGGAGGUGAUUGAAGAUUUAGAUGUGGGGAUUUUGAUAAACAACGUGGGGAUUACAUAUCCGAACGCUAGCUUUUUCCAUGAAGUGGACGAGAAAGUUUGGAUGAAUGUUUUCAAAGUGAAUGUGAAGGGUACUACUUGGGUUACUAAAGCUGUUUUGCCAAAGAUGAUUAAGAAGAACAGAGGAGCUAUUGUGAAUAUUGGCUCUGGAGCUGCUGUUAUUGUUCCUUCUCAUCCUCUCUAUGCAAUCUAUGCUGCUACGAAAGCGUACGUUGACCAACUCUCAAGAUCUCUACACGUGGAAUACAAAGAUUGGGGAAUUGAUGUUCAAUGUCAGGUGCCGUUGUACGUCGCAACUGAAAUGGCAUCAAGAGUAGCGUCGGUAAGCCAAGCGUCGCUGUUCAUUCCAUCAGCCGAUGACUAUGUGAAAGCUGCAAUUCGCCAAAUUGGAUACGAGCCACGGUGCACCCCUUACUGGGCGCACUCGCUCCAAUGGUGUUUUGCUUCCCUGCUCCCGGAGGCGAUGCUUGACGCCUGGCGGCUCUCCAUUGGCUUGGAGAGGAGGAGGAAGGAAUCCGUCACCAUGAAACGGAUUGAAGGUUGCAAACAAGAAUGAAAGGACUUGGCAAAAAAAGCAACUCUGUGAAGGUUACUAUUGUUUACAAUCUAGUGAAAUAGUAAAUAUAUCAUUGUGUUGUUCAAUAAGAUGAUAGAACGUGAUCUUAUUACAUAUAGAUUUUGUGUCAAUUCGAGCAUUGAUUCGACAACCAAACAAAACAAUGUCUUCUUAAAAGUUAAUAGUUCAAUCUGUUGAAUGUAACAAACUAACGUUAUUACA